GUGACAAAGCACCGGGAGCCCCGCCCCGGGAGUGCUUCCUCGGCAGGCCCGCCCCGGGGGAGCCCAGCCGGGCAGCGGGGCACCGGGGAAGGAUGGCUCCGUGUCUCCUUCCCCAAGGAGAAGGCGGCAAGUAGAGCCCAGCCCGGGAUGCGGCUGCUUCCCCCCGCGCUCUGCGCAUCGCCGGGGCCAGCCCGGCGCGGAGGGGUCAACCCAGGUACGGCCACAUCGUCCCGACACCCGCUCCGGCACGGGCAGCCUGACCUUGUCUCGCCAGGGGCCGAGCCCGGCAUUCGUCAUUCCUGCUGGAAAAAUGGCAGCGGCGUUGUGUUUCUCCGUGACAUCCCACUCCCCCUGAUGCACAGGCCGGUUUUCCUUGAGGAGCAGCAGAAUCCUCUCUCUGUGCGGUUCGUAGCGCCGCAGAUCUCCCGAGUGCCGCCGCGGCCUCACCAGCCAAAGGUUUCAUCCCACUUUUCUGUAAGUGCACGGUGCUGUCUGCUCCUUGGGAUUCAGGAUACAACAACGAAAAUCCCCAGUAGAACAGUGAAGUCACCAAUGGAAAUGUCGAGCACCAGCAGCACUGAGAAGUUUUACAGGAUCCCUGAAGGAAAGGGACCACACUCGGUUGGAUGUACAGACCUGAUGACAGAAAAUGCAGUUGAGGGAAGCUUUUUGCGCCUGUAUUAUCCAGCAUAUGAUGCCACAGAUAUUGAAGAAGCACGAUGGAUUCCAGACAAAGAAUACUAUCAGGGUCUCUCUGACUUCCUUAAUAUGUACCGAGUUGUAGGAGAAAGGCUUUUCCAUUAUUAUGUUGGUUCAGUGACCUGUCCUGCAAAGUCAAAUGCUGCUUUUAAGCCAGAAGAAAAAUACCCACUUCUUGUUUUUUCCCAUGGACUUGGAGCUUUUCGGACAAUCUAUUCUGCUAUUUGCAUAGAGAUGGCUUCUCAGGGCUUCAUAGUGGCUGCUGUGGAACACAGAGAUGAAUCUGCUUCAGCCACAUAUUAUUGUAAAAGAAGGUCUGUUUCUGAGUCACAGGAAGAGUCUAUGCCUAGCAUGGAGAAGGAGUGGAUCUACUACAGGAAACUGAAAACUGGAGAGGAGGAGCGCUGCUUGCGCCAUAAGCAGGUGCAGCAAAGAGCACAGGAGUGUAUCAAAGCUCUCAAUCUCAUUCUUAAAAUCAAUUCAGGAGAGGAAGUAACGAACGUACUACAUUCAGACUUUGACUGGAACAGCCUAAAGGAUUCUGUUGAUACUAGCAGAAUAGCUGUGAUGGGACACUCUUUUGGUGGUGCUACAGUAAUUGAAAGUCUCAGCAAAGAAAUAAGAUUUAGGUGUGGCAUUGCCCUCGAUGUAUGGAUGCUUCCUGUAGGUGAUGACAUUUGCCAAAACAGCGUCCAGCAACCGCUGCUUUUUAUCAACUCUGAAAAGUUCCAGUGGGCUGAGAACAUCUUAAAGAUUAAGAAGCUCAUCUCCAAUGACACAAACAAGAAAAUGAUCACUAUCAAGGGGUCAGUACAUCAGAGCUUUCCUGAUUUCACCUUUGUGAGCGGAGGAAUCAUUGCAAGAUUUUUCAAAUUAAAAGGAGAAAUAGAUCCAAACGAAGCUAUUGAUAUCAGCAAUCGUGCUUCAUUGGCUUUCCUACAGAAACAUCUGAGUCUUAAGAAGGAUUUUGAUCAGUGGGAUUCUCUUGUGGAUGGCAUAGGAGCCAAUGUUAUUCCUGGAACCAAUAUUGACACAUCUCCAGCUGAACCUGAGUAAGGAAUACAAAGUAGUACUGAAAAUGCCAUGGACCUCAGGACACUAAUACUAGUCAGACAUGUUGUGGCAUUAAACACAAAGCUUUUGGAGUGUGGAACAAAAAAAAAAGGCACUAAGUUACAUAAUCAUAAAAACAGAGGUUUCUGUUCAAAUGAGUUAGUGGGAUGCUCUGAAAUACUGCAAUAGGGUAACUUCUGCUUUGUAAGCAGCUUGGGGGAAAUCACUUGGUAAUAAUUUAAAUGCUCUUUCUGGUUUUGACUGGAGUCAAGUUUGCAGAAAGACAGAUUGAGCUCCAAGGAAUUCAGCUACAGGUUCCUUUACCAAGCUUUAUGUAAGUUUGCAUCCAGCAAGCCUUUACUGCAGGGUAGGAGAAAAGAAACAAAACAAAACAAAAAACCCAAACCACCACUUUUCCGUUUAGAGUCUUUCAGCUGUGCUCUGACAACAGUUGGGAGUUAAAGAUGCCUGUGGAGGGUAGUCUUCAAAACUGUGUCUUACUAAAAUAAGUCACAGUAAAAGCUACAGGAAAGACUUCAGCUGACAGCAGAUAAAGUCCAGACACAGGACUCCUCACAGGAGCUUAAUCCACUUAAAUGUAAGAGGUGUUCAGUGCCGUAUGUAGAGGAUGAUAUUUAUAUCUCAGAAGUUUUUCAAUGGGCCACUCUAGUAGCAACUGUAUUUGCCCUUGGGCAAAGCUCCAGCAGCUCCUCCCUUUGUCUGUGCUUCCACUGUCACACAGUCAGACUGCAGGGGAAAUACAGAUGUGGCACCUCUACAGCUCCCUUUACAUGGUCCUUGUCAGCACUGCUUCAGCUCCGAGUUCUCUCCAGGUAGUAAACACUCCCCAGACACUCUGCUUUGUCCAGGUACUGCCAGUCAUCUCUAGGUGACUCAGUUGGCUCCCACUGACAGAUACAGACAGCAGUGGUUGUACCUGGACAAAGAUUGUCAGCAGCCACCUGGGUGGCAUUCUUUAAGGCUCUCCUUUUUGGAUCAGAACUGCCUGAAGCUGCCCCAUGGAGAGGUGUCUUCUAAAUUCAGUUAAUUUCAAAAUCAGGUUACAAAGAAAGCCACUGAAGCAAGCAAAUUAAGAAAUUAACAGUGUAAUUAAGUAUUUUACAUAAUCUGUGAUCUUAAAAUGAGAUUGCAAUAACACCUAAGACCUGUCUUUCAGAAUUUAAUUAAAUUCUCCCCAGCCUAGUGCCAUGCAUUGUCUGUAUUAAGCAAAUAAACGUGCUUGUCUUACUGAGUCAGCACUAA